UCUCCCGGCUAUCGUUGCCCCCCCCCCUCCCAAAACAGGUCAAGCGCUUCUGUGUCGGGUUUCUUUAGGGCGGGGGUCUGGCUGCCGGAGCGGGGGUUUCUCGAGAGGGGGAGGAAGGGCAGGUCCCUCAUCAUCACGUUCACUCCCUUCAUCAUUCCAAAACAUGAACAUCGCAACGAGGCGUGUCUGCGCUCUCUCGACUCUGCGUCCGGGAUAGAAACGCACCGGAACACCAAAGAAACAGCAGCAACAGCUGCUGCCAAAUCAAGCGAAACAAAAUGCAUCGUAUUGACCGCGCGCCGAGACCGGACGCUGUUUGAUGUAGGCCCUUGCAGAUUUUUAUUAAAUAUUUAUUUUAUAUCAGGACAUUUCUUGACUAUUUGGGAGAGCGCGGCCUAGCUUUCGCUGCAGCCGGCUGAAUGAACGAUGCGGACUUCACCAGCCCCCUGAUUCACCGCCACAUUUCACACGGAUGACCGUUUCAACACAUCAGAUCAGCGCUGCGUUUCUUCUAUCUACGUGUUUUUAUGGGAUUGAUGGGGAUAGCUCGUAGCAAGGGUACAAUGUUGAAGUGGAGACGGCUGAUGCGGUUGUCCAACCGCUCUUUAAUGGCCUUCGUCUUUUUCUUCUCCAUGUCCACGACCUGCCUGUACUUCAUCUAUGCGGCUCCUGGAAUAGUCAACACAUAUUUCUUCAUGGUACAGGCUCAGGGUAUCAUGUUACGAGACAAUGUGCGGACCAUUGGUCACAUGAUCAGGCUGUACACCAAUAAGAAUAGUACUCUGAACGGCACAGAUUAUCCAGAUGGGAAUAAUUCGAGUGAGUAUAUCGCUCAGCCAACCACAUACCUCCCUGAGAACUUCACGUAUUCUCAGAACCUGCCCUGCCCCGAGCGGUUACCUUCUAUGAAGGGUCAGAUGGAAGUUAACAUGACUGAGGUACCUAUGGAGGAGAUUGAACUAAGGCUUAAACAUCUCGGCGUUCAGUUCGGAGGCCACUGGAAGCCCAAAGAUUGCAAACCACGCUGGAAGGUGGCCAUAUUAAUCCCCUUUAGGAAUCGCCAUGAGCAUCUUCCCAUUCUCUUUCAGCACCUCACUACUAUGCUCCAACGUCAACGCUUGCAGUUUGCCUUCUAUGUCAUUGAACAGAUGGGUACUCAGCCGUUCAACCGUGCCAUGCUGUUUAAUGUGGGCUUUAAAGAGGCAAUGAAAGACCUGGACUGGGACUGUGUGGUGUUUCAUGACGUCGAUCACAUCCCGGAAAACGACCAUAAUUACUACGGCUGUGGUCAGAUGCCUCGACACUUCGCCGCGAAGCUCGACAAGUACAUGUACAUACUUCCCUACAAUGAGUUCUUCGGUGGAGUAAGUGGACUUACUGUCGAACAAUUCCGUAAGAUCAAUGGCUUUCCCAAUGCGUUCUGGGGCUGGGGCGGAGAGGACGAUGACCUCUGGAACAGGGUUCAUUACGCAGGUUUCAAUGUGACCAGGCCAGAGGGAGAUAUUGGCAAAUACAAAUCUAUCCCCCAUCACCACAGAGGAGAGGUCCAGUUCCUGGGGAGGUACAAGUUGCUAAGGUACUCAAAAGAGAGGCAACAUCUGGACGGCUUGAAAAAUCUUCAAUACACUCCAGAAAUCUCUCUGAGCAGCUUGUAUAAAAACAUCACAGUGAAUCUGAGUCCUGAGCUCGCCCCCAUAACAGAGUACUGACAGGCUCCGCCCACCCCUGUGUGACCCUGGGGUCAGGGUGGAGGAAAACGUGACGUAUCGAUGCCAAAUGCCCUUAAAAACAGGAAUGAGAAGGGCAACGGCCGGUCUAAUGCACAGUUAAUUGCGUGAUGUGUUUAUGUGUGUGUGUGUUAGAUCACUGGAUCAUAUCUGUGAAGGUGUGUAGUGUGACUGUGUAUGGUUAAUUGCAUGUUCCUGUGUCCAUGUUGGCUUAAGUGAAUCCGAUCACAACACAUUCUAAAAAAGGUGGGGAGUGCCAGCAUCAACAAAUCAGAUGUUUACUACAAAGCCUUAAUAGAAUUUGAUAGGCUAUCAGACUCUGUAAAUACAUUCAUAUGUGCUUACAUUGUUGAAAGCUUGGUUUUACAUUACAACAGCACUCUUGAUGCCAAUAGACAUUUUUCAUGUUCUGUUAGUAUAAUUUUUUUAUACAUAUCUUUUUUGAAGACAAUACUUGUUUAGAAGUCAAUGCGAUUUAAAUGGAUGUAUUUUAAAUCUUAAAUUCGGCUUUAGUUACACAUUUUCUUCUUUUAUUGAGAGAUACAUUUCACUCCAGUGGUGUGUUAUAAGGUUUUUAUUUCAAUCCCAUGGCUAUACAGAAAGCUGUGACAAGUGAAUGCAUGACCCAGACUCCCCUGUAAAUAACUGGCUUUUUAAACAAUGCUUUAGCUAUUACCUGCGAUUCCAUUGGAAGUACUCUUCCUUUUGGCAGCUAUUGUUGUUUUGACUUCUGUUAAUUUAAUCUUUUUUUUUUUUUUAUGUUUAUGGGUGUGGGAUUAAUUUUAACUGAUUGACUCAUAAAAAUAUCAUCGAUGACCAUUAGAAUGCAGGAAAAUGAAUCAGAAACAACGAACAGAUUACCAGCUGCAUGCCUUAAUUACAUUUUUUGUUACAUGGUUAUUUUGUCUUUAACAUUUCAUUAUUAUUAUUUUUUUUUUUUGAUAUUGAAUGUUUCUUUUUGUCUUUGCUUUUGAGACAGGAAUAGUGCAACCCAAAAAAAAAGAAAAGAAAAUGUAGUCAUUAUUUACUCACUCUAUUGUAGUUCCAACCUCAUAUGACUUUCUUAUGUGGAACUCAAAUGAUAUAUAUUAAAAGAUUUCCAGUUUGCUGAUUUCAGUACAAUAGGAGUUGAAAGUGACUCACUUUAAAACUUAACGCACCUAAAAAUGUCAUAAAUGUAGUUAAUUUGGAUUGUAUCAUAUUUCAAGCCUUCUGAAUACAUACGAUCACUUUGUACAAUGAACAGACCACAUUUCUUUGUUAUUGAUAAACACUUUAAUACGAUCAAACCUCAUUGGUUCUUGUAUAAUGACAUUAUGAUGUUGGUCACUAGAAGAGCAAGACCCAAUGAUAUUUGAUGCUAUUGACGUGUCGCUAUAUUGGAUUGUAGCUUGGAUUAGCAACUUAAAUUUCAGUGUGUUCAUUAUACAAAGUUAUUGUAUGCCUUCUGUAGACUUGGAUUAUGACGCAUGAGUCACAUGGACUACUUUUAGGACAGUUUUGUGUACUUUUGUACGCUUUAAAGUGAGCCACUAUCAACUGUGACUAUUGAAUUCAGAAAAUGUAACAUCCUCUAAAAUAUCAUCUUUUGUGUUCCUCAGAAGAAAGUUGCACUUUUUUGGAGCAACAUGGAAGUGAGUAAAUUAUGACACUUUUUCAUUUUUUAGGGUGAACAAUUUUUUUAAUAGCAUAAUCAUUCUCCUGUCUCUGUUUUGAAGUGCACUCCAAUGUAGUAGAUGAAGGAAAGAUUUGACUGAAACUAUAACGAGGUGUUUACGGAGAGAGUUUAUCUUUCAGGUCUUCGCAGAUAGUCCUGAUCUGAUGACUGGUCGGGUUUACAGCUGCUAAAGCCAAAACACCCUCCGCAGGGUUUGCCGUGCGUCUCAACCUGUGUGUUUUUUUUGUCCGUCCGUCUGUCUGUGUGUGUGGCUCUCAGUGUGAAGUACUGGGCAAUAUUGCACUCUGAUCAGACAGUUAGUUGGGCCAAGAUGAGAGAGCGAUGUCUGCGUUGCUCUUGAAUGGCAUUUGAAGUACACUUGGGCCAUGACGACUUUAUUCUGUUAAAGUUUUGAGCAUCACAAGAUGUAGGAAAACGACACUUAGACUAGUCUUUUUGUUGAUACAUGUUUGCCUUUGUAUAUAAUUGUAUUGUUUAGGAGUUGUUGAU